AUGAGAGGUUUCACACAGUCGCAACAAGAAUCCUAUGCCGAGCAUCAGCUUGACCAAGCAAACAAAGGAAAGAUGGGUAUCGGUUUUAAAAAGGCCAGUAGCACUACUUCAUCUUCGUCCUCGAUGCCUCACGGAAAGCACACAAUUUUGAAUCCAGUGAGUUCUCAGACUUUCCGUGUCCUUCCUUCCAAAACUCAACAACAGGAAAAGUUGAAAAAGUUGUAUCCGGCAAUUUAUGACUUUUUGGUGUAUUGUGAAUUGGAUCAAGUUGCUAAAGUAUUUGCAAAGGAAACGCAAAUGGAAAACUUUACUGAAUUGACCAUUCCAAAAGUUAAAGAAGUCUAUGAAACCUAUUUUGCAAAUUAUGGAAUUGAUUUUUAUGGAGAUUACAAUUUAGGAGCUGCAUUGAAGGCUGCUAAAUCUUCAAAUACUCACAACAACAUGGUUUAUCAAAAUAAUCAUGCAAUGACUGAUGAAGAAGUUCCAGCAGUUGCUAAGAGUGAAAAGAAGUCAUCCUCUGAUUCUUCUUCACCAAAGAAAAAGUUCAGAAAAACCAAAUCUUCUUCAUCCUCUUCUUCGGACUCAGACAGUGAUGAGGAAAUGAAAGAUGCCUCUCCAAAAGCUGUCGAAAAGAAGGAUGAAUCCUCUAGCAGUAGUAGUAGUAGCAGUUCUGAUAGCGAUAAGAAGACUUCUACAAAACCAGCAAUCACAAGAACCAACACAGAAAACCUCAAACCCGCCUCUAAACCUGCUUCAGCCACGAAAGAGUCAUCCUCGGAUAGUUCCGAUAGUUCAAGCGAAGAUGACAAGAUGAAAGCUAAUCAAAACAAAGUCACCACUUCACAACCAUCAAAGAAACCAGCUAGUAGCUCUUCUUCCUCGUCCUCUUCGGAUGACUCUGAUAGUAAUCAAAAGAAGAAGAAACAAGUCACUCCUCAGCCAGCAACCACCACUAAAUCUAAUCUUGCUUCAACCAAGAAAGCAGCAAGCUCGUCCGAUGAUAGUUCUGAUAGUUCGAGUGAAGAUGAAAAGAAAUCAACCACAACAACAACAGCAACCUCAAAACCAUCAACUGCUUUGAAGUCUACACCAGCAGUGGUAGCAACCUCAAAGAAAUCUUCCUCAGACGAUUCUUCAAGUUCAGAUGACAGUAGCGAAGAUGAAAAGAAGAAGCCAACUACGAUCGCUAAACCAGCAGCUACUGCAGUAUCCACAACAACUUCAAAGAAGGUUGAAUCUUCCUCUGACAGUUCCGAUAGUUCGAGCUCUUCUGAGGAUGAAAAGAAACCUGCUACAACCUCCAAGCCCACAACAACAACCACAUCAGUGAAAGCAAUUCCAGCAACUAAAAAGCAAGACUCUUCAUCAUCAGAGGAUAGUAGUAGCUCGUCGAGCGAUGAUGAAGCGAAGUCUGUGGCUGCAGUAGUGAAAUCAACCCCAACUACCACGACAUCCAAUGGCACUGCUGCUUCUUCAGAUUCUGAUAGUUCCGAUAGUUCGAGUGCUUCUGAGGAAGAAGAAAAGAAACCAAAACCAACUCCAGUUGUGCUUAAAAAGCAAACAGCACCAUAUGCUGAUUCUUCAUCCAGUGAUAGUUCAAGUGAGGACGAAAAGAAGCCUGUCGUUAAGCCUACACCAUCACCAUCGAGCGUUGUCGCCUCCAAGAAGAAGGCUAGCUCAAGUGAUGACUCUUCUGAUAGCAGUAGUAGCUCUUCAGAUGACGAAAAGACAACCAAGCCAGUUCAGAAAACCACACCUGCUGUUUCCAAUGCCGGUAAGAAAUCAUCCUCUUCUUCUUCUUCUUCUGAGGAUUCAUCAGACAGCUCAGAUGACGAGAAUACAAAGAAAGCUGCAACCACCACUCAGCCUGCCAAAGCACAGCCUGCCUCGAAACCUGAGACUGUAGCAUUAUCAACGAAGAAGAAGGAUGCAUCCUCCUCAGAUGACUCUGAUAGCAGUAGUAGCUCUAGUGACGACAAGAACUCUGGUUCUAUGAUGAAGGAUGAAGACGAGGAAGAUGAUUCAUCGGAUUUGAAGAGAAAGAGAAAUGAUGAAGAACGUUCAUCCACUGCACCCAUGCUGAAAAAGACCAAAAUUCAAAACAACGAUGAUGACAAUCACUACAAUAAUGGAUCACAAAGUAAGGGAGUUCCAUUCCAACGAGUGAAGAGAGACGGUGUUAAAUUUGCUGAUGAAAGACUUGCUCAAAGAGCUUACAAUUUUGGAGCUCAUGGUGAAAAAGCCUUAAAAGAUUUAGCUCCAACCAGAGGUAAAGAUUUUAGAGCUGCCAAGACCAAGAAGAAGAGAUCUUACAGAGGUGGACCUAUUGAUAUUCAUGCUGUGAGAAGUAUCAAAUUCAACAAUAACAAGUAA